UGGUGGCAAAGCAGAGUGAAGUCAGUCAGCAUUGCGCAGUCGUUUCAAACAGACGUACUUUGGUGCGGUGUCAAAAAAGAAAAAAAUAAAGAUUAUCAAAAAAAAAAAAAAAAAUUGACGUUAAGAAAUUUUGAGAAAAAAAUUGACGAACUUCGGAAAAAAUUCUCAUAGAUGAAUAUCCAUUGAAUAAUAUAAGUGCUACAAAAACAAUUCAAGUGCUAAAGAUUUUUUUCGGUUUUACAAAAACAACAAAAAUCCAAAUCAACACUAACAUUAACAAAAUGGUUAUUAACACACCACUCACUGUGCCCUGCGGCACUGCGAGUCCCCCCGCCACCAGAUCACGGGUACAAAUCGAUUGGGAUAUUAAUGACAGUGUUGUGCCGGUGGUGACAGAAUUCGAUGAGUUCCACGAUUGGGCCAAUGGCCAUUGCCGUUUGGUCUACUCCCAGACCAGUGAAGAGGCCAAGAAACAUGCAUCCGGCUGGGCCAUGCGGAAUACCAACAAUCACAACAUCAACAUUUUGAAGAAGAGCUGUUUGGGAGUGCUCCUCUGCACGGCCAACUGCAAAUUGCCUAACGGCAACAGUGUCCAUUUGCGUCCGGCAAUUUGUGAUAAGGCGCGUCGCAAGCAACAGGGCAAACCUUGUCCAAAUAGAAAUUGCAGUGGUCGUUUGGAAAUCCAACCCUGCCGUGGCCACUGUGGCUAUCCAGUAACACAUUUUUGGCGUCGUUCGGGAAAUGCAAUUUUCUUCCAGGCCAAGGGCACCCAUGAUCAUCCUCGUCCCGAGGCCAAAGGUUCCACAGAGGCCAGACGUCUUUUGGGCAGUGGCAGAAGGGCACGCAGUUUGGCGGUUCUAUUGGCCAGAGAUGCAGCCUUGAAUGACAAACUGACCAGUUUGAGGGGUGUCAAGAGGAGUAACAACAAAAUGGAUGCCUCCACGGAUGCCAGUUUGGUGCAGGCCUCCAAAAAGAAACGGGCAAUGCGAGAAAUCUCCAGCAACAUCUCCCCCGCGGCGGAGCUGAUUCCACAAAAUAACUACAAUCACUCGACUCAGUACGAAAAUCAAUCUGCGGCGAAUCAAUGGUUACCCGAAAUGCAUAUGGGCCUAUAUAACACCGCCAGCACAACAACAACCUUGCCAGAAUUCACCUAUCCCCAGCAUCAGCCUCUUCCCUCCAUGGAAUCCACCUAUAACCUCCACUAUGAACAACCCUCCUCCUGUCUAACCUCACCUCAAUCUGCCUACUCCUAUUCCCAGCAAUACUCUCCCAAUAAUUCCGCCUUAGAUGAAACUCUGCUGGGCCAAAAUCAUCAAAAUCUAUAUCCCUCCAACUCCAGCCUGUUGUCCAACGAUUUCACCUCAACUGAUAAUCAAAAAUGGAUCUAUGAGAACUGUGAUGAUGCCUCGAGUUUGACCAGCAGUUCGGGUUACAAUUCCGACGAUUAUUACUAUUCCACAUUUAUGUCUUCGUCAUUGAAUAAUUUCGACACCCCUGCCAGUGCAACUGAAGUUCCACAACAGCAAUUGGCCAGUCCCAGCUACUUCGACUCCACAUCACCCACAGCCACCGAUAUCUACAACAGUGUCUUUGAUGCUGACCUAACCUCGUCAUUGUAUCCAGCCUCCGGUGAUAACUACCAGACUGCCCCCACCUCCACUGCCAACUCCCUGCAGGAAUUCAAUGAUAAUAUGCUUAAUCAUUCGCCGCAAUAUCACAGCUUAUCCGGCUACACUUCCGAUCUCAACAACAGCAGCAGCUCGCCGAACAAUGCCGUCGGCCAUGCAGGACCCGAUUUUUACUACAGCAAUUCGGUGAAUGAUAACGGCAAUGAAUGGAACAUUCAAAUGGAAAACUCCAGUGUUUUGUAUUCCCACCAGCAGCAACAACAACAGCAACAAAUGGAAUCUAACAUGUUACAACAACAGCAACAAAUGCAUCAAAACAUCUCAGUGGGAGUUUUUUAAGAUUUCAAAACAGAAACUCAAAUCAAAUCCUUGAACUGAGAGUGUGGCGCCCAAUUGUUUGUGGCAAAUGUUUUGUUGUGGCCAGCUUGCCAAUAUAUUUUUUUAGUCCACUAUUUGAUAAGCUGUUGUAUGUUGUCAAUAUUUCGUUUAAAAUUUAUCCUAAGUCUAUUUAUUUUCAACACAUUUUUUCAUAGAUCUUUUGCAAGUUUUGCAAAUGUUGCCUCAUAUUGAGAAAUUAAUUUUUAAAAACCCCCAUUUUAUACUUUUGUAUACUACAAGCGUUGUUCUAGUCUAGUCAGCACCUAUCCAUUAUCUUAACUAUCGCGGCGGUCUGCUCGUGGACCAGUUUCUCUCAAAAUGUUGGUUAAGUUUCAUUGUAACACUUGUUUCAUUUAAGUUUUACUUUGUUUCCCAAAAUCUGUUCCAUCGGAAUGCUAGUAGUAAUUAUCCACGUCGUCAUCAUCACCAUCAUCUUAAGAUAGUUGUUAAGCCAAAGAAUUAAAAUUUCAAAAAAUUAAGAAAUAAUUUCAUAGUCAAGAAAUGUCGUAUUAAGAUUUCUAUUUUAAGUAAUUUUUAUUUUAAGUUUUCAAUAGUUCUAAGAAUUGAAAAAGAAUGAGAGGAGGAAAAAUACAAAGAAAUUUAUAAGAAUUGAAA